AUGUCCGCCCUGACCCCAUCGAUCCUCCCCCGCGCCGCCUGUCCCGACCCCGUCUUCCCCGCAGCAAUGGCCGGUGGCUUGCUGGCGGCGGCGACCCCGGCGGAACCUGAGUCCACCACAACCACCACCGUUUCCUCCCUCGGCAAAGACCUGCUCCUCGACAUCUUCCUCCGCCUGCCGAACCUGCCGGCCCUCGUCCGCGCCGCGCUCGCCUGCCGCACCUGGCUCGGCGCCGUCCGGUCCUCCCCGUCCUUCCGCCGCCUCUUCCACGCGCUCCACCCGGCGCCCCUCCUCGGGAUCUUCCUCGAGACCGACGGCAUCUGCAUCCCCACCUUCGUCCCCGUGCGCCGCUUCGACCCCGACGUCGCCGUCUCCCUCCGCCGCGGCGACUUCUUCCUCACCUCCCUCCCCGCGGAGGGCGACGCGUCCCGCGGCUGGCUCCUCGACGACUGCCGCGGCGGGCGCGCCCUCCUCUGGAAUGCGCUCCAUGGUUCGCUCGCCGCUCUCAACCCGAUGACCUGGGCCGUCGACUCCCUCCCGAUGCCCCCCGUCGACUUCAUGGCGGAGACCCGCAACUUCCUUGGUUUUCACCUCCUCUACUCCGACGAGAAGCCCUCCUCGUUUCGCGUGGUCUGCAUCUGCGCUGACGCGUCCAGGGUUCGUGCCGCCGUCUUCUCGUCCGAAACGUGGGAUUGGGCCAUCAACCCGUGGGUGGAAAUCGGUGGAAACAACAGCCUAAAGUGCAAGACUAGCACACUGGUGGGUGAUUCUGUUUACUGGCCUUGCCACGGCGAAGCACACAUGAUAAGGAUCGACGCCACGACCAUGGAUGUCACCACUGUGGAUCUACCCUCUCAAGCGAAGGUGGAGUGGCACAAUUGCAAGGCUGGGGAGACCAAGGAUGGUGGACUCUGUAUUGCUCAUGUAUCUGCUGAUUUCCUCCUCCAGGUUUGGACCCAUAGCGUGGAUGGUGAUGGGAUUCAGAGCUGGAUACCGCACAAGGCAAUCUCUUUGGGUGCUCAAGUCGAUCGCAUUACUGAGGGCUUUCAGGGAGACCUCAAGGUUGUGCAAGUUAGGGAUGGAACCGCUUACUUAUCAAGAACAAUGAUGACCCCUUCUGGCUUACUCUGCUGCUGGUUUUUCUCCCUUUGCUUGGAGACUAUGGAGCUUGACUUGCUGAUUCAGGGGAGGUAUGAUGGUCGUGGCUAUCCAUACAUUAUGGCAUGGCCUCCUUCUUUAGUUGGUGAUGAAGCACCUGAACUUGAAGGUUCGGAGUGA